AUGCCUCUAUCGAGGAAGAAUCACGAGAUUUUCGAGAAGCUUCGGAGGCGCCACCGCAUCGUGUUUUCCUCUGAGCUGACGAGCGACCAAUGGCCCGAGGGUCACCGCAACGUGUUGGAGGCAAUUGAGACUGCCAAGUCAUAUAGAUACAGCACGUACCAGGCUAGCCAAGACGAAAUCACCACAAAGCCAUGGAAGAACGACGCGAAACGACAAGCAAAGAAGCUUGUCGCUAAGUCCAAGGACUGCGUGUCGCGGAAUGAGGCGACGUGGAGGUUAGCCUGCGAGUCACUUGUCUUCAACCGUCUGGCUGCCGAAGUGGCAUGCCAAACAUGCCGUCAGAGAGUCUGGCGGUCUGAGAUAGAGUCCUCUCUGGACGACAACAACAGGGCCUCGUCCAGCUUGAGAAAACGGCAGCAACAGCGUGAGCGUUGCCGUUGCCCCAUGAGCUCUCGGCCAGACGGCGAAGAAGAGAUGGUGGGGUUGAAUAAACUCUUCAUUGACCGAGCCGACGACAUGGUGGUGCAUCCGCACAGUUUGGCUGAAGAAUUACCACAGGACCAAAGGCCAGACCGAGUGUAUGGGCUGCGGCAAACACGGAAAUUUGAUGAGCUUCUCUUGAAGAAAAUCGGCAAUGGCAUAUUUGUUGAGGACCGAUUACAAGAGCAACCCCAUUCCACCGUGGGUGAAGCUCUCUUAUUCCCAUUCAUGGUCGUAGAAGCCAAGGCUGGAAACGCUGCGGACGAAUGGCACGAUAUCAAGCUUCAGACUGCUUUCCCAAUCUACACAUACUUGCAAACUCAGCAAAGUCUGCGUGCUGCUACAGGCUCAAGGUGCAGAUGGGAUUCAGGGCCGUUGGUAUGGUUCUUUGCAAGUAGGGGAGAUGAUUGGAGACUGUUCCUCGCAUAUCAAAGCCGGGUGGACGCCGCUGCAUCUCAAUCUCCCCUGACAACCAAAACAGUAAUGCUCCCUGAACCUGAAAUUAUCGCACCUGUUUGGACGGGCUGUACAUCUAAUCUUGACGCGGCGCUGCAGCUAUUUUUGAUUGUAGACUUCAUCGCUGACUGGGCUAGAGAUGUAUACCGCGCUUCCAUCAUCACCGAACUGCGUAUCUUGUCGAGCCCUGCUCGCGACGUAUCUACAGUUGCUUCUGAAACAUUUGUUUUUUCGACUCAAAGUAUUCAUGGGUAUGACAAAAUGGAUGAGGACAUAUUCGGGGAGCCCCAGGAGCAUCGAGAUGAUUUACAAGAUGCCUUUAAAGACCUUGACUCUUCUUUCGGCGCGGUCCGCCAUGUGGCCCCGAUCGAGUCCCGUUUUCGCGCUCUGUUCAUCACCGAAGAUAACGUGCAAACAUUUUUAAGUUCUAUGGAGAAGACCGAUAGGGAGCUGUUCGUCAAGCGCGUCUUGGCCACAUUUGACCGGCCCCAAUACUCCCAGCUGAGCCUCACCGGUGAGAAUAUUAGUUCCAUCGAAGAGGCGUGGACGGGCAAUACGAGACUACGGACGCCGUUCAACAUUCGGGAAUCCAGGCUCAACACCUUGCUCGUUGUCACCUAUCAUUUAUCCCCUUCUUGGGAGCAGAUCCGUGAAUUAUGCCUCAUCUCAAUCACAAAGCAAGCCUUCGACAUCAUUUCCGGCGAAGCGAAAAUCAAAACCCAACCAUCUCAACUAAAAAGCGAAGGAGACUUCAGCUGGGUGGUUGAUAAGGUUGCACAGCUCAAGGACCUGAGCGCCGCAGAUAACCUGUCUUGCUGCAUCUCCAGGGUCUGCGUGUAUCUAGACGACUACCAGUUGUCAUCUGUGGCGAGCCAGUUUCUGGGCCGGUUCGAGAAAUGUGAUGCCACGGUCUGGGAGCUCGUCAAUUAUACAUAUAAGCAGCACAAGAGGGGUGACCUGGAGCCGGACCUGCCAUUUCUCCGUCUCUCGACAACUGUCGAUGUCCAGAUGAAAACCAAAACUUCCACCGCCGCUUUUGCCCGACCAUUAGCGGUUGACCACCAGCUACGCUGGUCCAGAAGCUCUACUGUUCUGGUGCACGGAAGUCUCCACCGCCAGGGCGAGGUGAAGGGCGUGCCCAGCCUUUGCGUGUAUCUCAAUGAAUUCUACAAGGAGCCGCCGGGCGUGACCGAUCUGGCCAGAAUCAUAACCACCACAUUCCAAGACCAUGAUGUUUAUCAUACUACCCGCGACAAUGGGAACCUCAAGCUCAGAACCUGGAAUAUCUAUCGAGAUAUUUGGAACUUGAGAAACAACUAUGGAGUCUUCUUCUCGUAUGGAGAUGCCAGUUUCUCCAAGUGGCUUGGCGAUCUUGGCUUUCCCCCGCCAUCACGACAGGGCUCUCCAAGGGGACCCUUUGAUACUGGACGCACCAUGUUCGAAAGGAAGUACAACCCGUGGCAGGAUCCUCGCCUGGCCAAUAACCAGGCGCGCCCUUCUUUACGGAAGAAGUUUGUCAAGGAGCUGAUCAUGGCUGAGGCUUUGGAGUGGGCUCGCCUCGCAAGGCAGAGCAUUUUGCUAGGAAAUGCCUGCUGCUGUCUUUGUGGAGGCGAGCUUGACUCCGGAGAUGACGAACCCGAGAUUCUAUACGAGGCGAAAGUGGAAGGGACCAGUUUCGAUGGUUCUGGAAUUAAGGGGGCCGACUCAUCUGUAGAAACCCCGCCCUUGAUGCCAUAUAAUUUCAGAAGCCGCCCCCAGGGCGAGAAGGAACAAGAAAAGAUCGAAAAUCUCUGCCUGGUGUGUACGGAGCACAUGUUUCAUGAGAGCCACUGGGGCGAAGGAUGGCAGGAUUGGAUGAGAGAAGUGCUCAGGAUGGCUCUGUGCAAAAGCAUGGCCGAUGAUGCACCUGAGGCUGGCCCCGUCGCUGGGCCGUCGCGCCUUGACAUCAUGUCUACACCGCCGUUGCCGGAAAGCCCACAUUUCAAACGAUACUCAUCCUUCGGCUUGGAUGAUGGCGAUCAGCUCCCACUGGUGAGAAAGAGAAGGCAUUCUGAAGAUGGAGUAGAAAGUUCAACUAAAGCCAUCAAACCUCUGAUAAUCGACUUGACUAGUGAUAGUUGA